UCAUUUUUCAGACUUUUGCUCCUUGCUUGUCCUUGUUUUCUCCCCAAACUAAUGCAAUGUAGAGUUGUCGGUAUCCAUCGGUACCAUUGGCCAGUUCAAACACAGACGCUGCUUGCAACAGAUAGGAGAACAAGAGUAUACCAAUGUGGCUCCACAUGUACAAUGGCGCCCUUCUGGCGGCGAUUGUGAGUGCUGUUCUGCCCCAGACCGUUCACGCAACUACUCUCUGCACGGUCUGUCAAGAUGGAUCCUCCAUUCGCCACCCCGAGGCAUUUGUGGAAGAAACAGAGCAAACCUGUGCUGAAUUGGCAGAAGAAGCAAGCUACUAUUCUGAUCCAGCUUCCUGUCGAUACUACCACAGAUAUGGCAACGAAUGUGGAUGCAACAACAAGCCUCCACCGGAUACCCUUUGCCGCCUGUGCCAAGAUGGUUCGCCCAUUCCAGAUCCAUCCCUCUGGCCCGAUGGGUAUGAUGGAAACUGUGGUGCGCUGCAGAUUGACGCGGCCUGGAACUUGUGGAGCACAUUUGAUGCCGACGAGGAUACGAAAGGCAAGGAAGCAUCAACUUGCGACUACUACCAUCUAGCUGGCACCCACUGUGGCUGCCCCGACAAUGUUCCACCCGCAGACGGAUGCCAACUGUGUCUCGACGGAAGCCCUCCAUUGAUUCCAGACAAAGCCGUGACCCCUGGCAACGCAGCAGAAGCAACUUGCGAGGCUUUUUCCUUCUAUACGCAGUUCAUGCAUACUCAAGGGACGGAAGACUGUACGAAACACCAAUCCGUGGUGGGGUCCUACUGUGGAUGCUCAUCGACUCCCUCCUCGCAAAGAGUCUGUGACUAUUGUCCUCCUGGGCUUGUCACAAGAGAAGGAAUUGUCCCAAAGGUUGAUUUCAAAGCCGGCAACCGUUUGUUCUACUUUCGAGAUGCUGCCUGCAUCAAAGUUGCCAUGCUGGCCGAAGAGUUUGACUUUCCCUGUGACGUCGUCCCGGAUGCCUUUGUCGAGAGCUGUUGUGAACCAGCCACGGGGCUCUUGGAGCCAGAGGUCUUUGUACAAGAAGAGGUCAAGCUCGGGUCCAAGCCGCAAAAACAUUCCGUGGCGGGAGCGAAGGGUAUGCAACAUCUUGACGGUGAAACCAGCCACAAACGAGAAGCAGGGAUGCAAUCUAGUGGGUCAAACGAAAAGUACGACACAUCCUUACCAACAACAGUGAACUGGGACGAUUUUGUGUUCUUGUCGACCUCAGCGGCCUCCUCGAACUUUUUGGAGAUGAGGUCGAAACAUUCCUUUACUUUGAUUUUCACGGUACUCACAGUUGGAUGGCAUUUCGUUUUCGCAUGAAGCAGUGGCACGGGCUCAAAGAGGUGAUACAUUUUCUUGACGAAUCUGAAGGAAUUUGAGGAGGGGUUUGCAAUCUGCGGGGGGCAUGAAGAACAGCUUGAGUUGGAUGGGAUAUCAUAAAGAAAAGCUUGUAGCUAGAAUUGCAGUGCUAUGAAAGUUGCUACAGAUUUUAUCAGAAUACUCGUAGAGGAUGCUCUAGUUCCUUGGCUGCUUCGUAGCGGUAGGGUACCGUAGCGCGAAUGGUCGGUC